CAAGUACAUGCUGACAUCAAUGCAGUGUAGGGCGCUGCUCCUGAGUCCUGCGCAUGCGCUCCUGUUGCGGUCUGAUCAAAGCAACAAGUGCACCACCUUUCAACUGUUAUUGCAAUGAGCUUGCAGCUUCCUUCCUUCCCGCAACGUCAUCUAGCUUGCAGCCGGUUAUGGAGGUGCCUGAGGUCACCUUACAACUCAAUGCGGUUGGAUUGGAGCGGCUAUUCAUGUUUACUCCGCGUUUGAUAGUUAGUGAGGGUGCCACCCCACAAUAGCUGCACAACUGGUCAUACAAAAGUCGUGAGAAGGCUUGUGUUUCCGCCAAACCGCCAUUUGAUGUUUCAUCAGUAGCUGUACGUACCUGCUCUAUGUGCUGAGUCUCUGAGGAGCUUUCUGAGCUGGUCAUUCACUCAAAUCCAAGUCGUUGCAAGGCAUUCGUCUCUCUAAUGUGAUAUCCGUGAUUAACCAAUUGGGCCCAGUGCUCGAAACGCCGGCGAGCGAGCUGCUAGCUAGGCUGCCUGACGUUCUCAUCCUCACCCAUCCGCUUGAAGAGGAUUCCCUUUUCAGCAACAUUCUGAAUAUUACAGCUUUCUCAGUGAGUGGAAGCCACUGUAGACCAGACCAAGUCUGCCAGCAGCCCCUAGCAGCCACUGCUCAAGUUUGUGAGAUGGACACAGCCCCCGCCUUGCAGCCGGCCGCCGUCUUCCAGACCAUCGGAAGGCGGGAGGUCAAGAUCACAGGGGAGGACGGCACAAGCUUCGUUUUGAACAAGUCCUCAUACCGGAGUCGGAAGUGCGAGCUGGUGUGCAGCUCUAAGCAAGAUGGUGACGCCAUGCUCCUGAUCGAGAGGUCAGGCCAUUGCGGGAAAAAGGCGGCCAUCAGCGACGCAAAGGGACAGCAGCUGGUGGAACUAGAGCGGGUCAGUUACUGGGGCUGGAAGUUUAUCCGCAGAUUCACGUGGGAGGGACGCGAGUAUCAGUGGGAGCACAGCUCCUGCUCCUGGCGGGGCGUCAGCACGUUCACAUUGGUGGAGACGAACACCAAGGAGGCCCUCGCAAGGCGCGACUUGAAAGAAUGGUCGUGGGAGCGCAAGGGGUCCAUCACCAUUUUCGAGACUGGGGAUCACAUCCCAAGGGCCUUGAUUAUUGCAACGGCACUCAGCACGGAGAUGCUCUAUCGGGCUUACAAUGGUUCCGUAUUGGGAGACGUCUAAUUUCCCUUGCACAGUGCAUGGGCAUGGGCUUGUUAAGUUGCCGAAGCUCAACAAGCCGUGGCGGCCGAUCAUGUAACAUAGUGUAAAUCAGAGUGUGGAUUAUGUAGACGAGAGAUUGUUAAGGAUUGUACUCAUUGCCUACUUAGGCCUGCGCGGCUUUCAAUGGUGCCGCAUCGGCCACCGAGGGUUAGGACUUCUGUGCGCGCACUGGGCGGGGAUGACGGCGAAGCGAGUCAACAAAACGUCCCCAUUUUGCAUCUUCAAGCUAAGCUGAUUGUGUUUUUCCUCGAAGAGAUUUUGUCAGUGACUGGUAAUUUAAUAUACUGUCGUAUGCAUGCUGCGUGCUACGCUGUUUGUAGGUCCGUUUGAUAGCAGAACUCCUUUAAUUUUGAGUUAAGCUUAGUUUUGUCAGGUCCAGAUGUGUGGGCGUGCAAUCAGCUUAAGGAACGCACGUCACGGACUGACGGUUGCAGCGGCUCUUAGAUUUAAGAUCGCGGUUCUGGAGGGCAACUAAUUUUAGAAGUCCUUAGCUCAAGUCAAGUCACCAGCGCAUACUUAUGAACAAGUUAGCGACGUCGGCGUGCUUGAUAGAUUCAAGCUCUUAGUCUAAGCAGCAUUGAAUGCCAUGGCAGUGAUCGACUCAAGUGAUGUGAGAUCCAUGCCAUGCUAUAUGAAGCGAUAUUUGAACUGCAUGGCAUUGAAUCAUGCUGUGUGCGCGCGGCU